AUGUGCCUCCGCAAAAACCCUACUGAAGAUGUGCCUCGGAAACUGUUGAGUCACGGCAAGAAACCGAUCAGUAAGCAUGUGAGGAAGCUGCGCGCCAGCAUCACUCUUGGGACCGUUCUCAUCAUCCUCACGGGGCACCACAGAGGCAACAGGGUCAUUUUCCUGAAGCAGCUGGGCAGUGGCUUGCUACCUGUGACUGGGCCUCUAUCCCUCAAUCGAGUUCCUCUGCGUAGAACACAUCAGAAAUUUGUCAUUGCCACCUCCACCAAAAUCGGUAUCAGUGGUGUGAAAAUCCCAGAACAUCUCACUGACACUUACUUCAAGAAGAAGAAGCUGCGUAAGCCGAGACACCAAGAGGGUGAGAUCUUUGACACACAGAGAGAGAAAUACCAGAUCACAGAGCAGCGCAAGGUUGAUCAGAAAGCUGUGGACUCACAAAUUCUGCGAAGAAUCAAAGCUGUCCCUCAGCUCCAGGGCUACCUCCGCUCUGUGUUUGCGCUCACAAAUGGAAUUUACCCUCACAAAGUAGUAUUCUGAACUUCUUGCAAAGAACCUAAUUAAAUAACUUGUCCAUUUA